AUGUCUCUUAAAUUUUUAAUAAAUGAACCAAAAGUAAAGCUACUGUUUUCACCGAAUGAGUUUUUUAACACAUUAAAUGAUAUGUUCAAAAAUUCGAAGAAAAGAAUUGUGAUAAGUUGUUUAUAUAUGGGAAUAGGGGAGUUAGAGAAAGAAUUAAUAGAAAGUAUUAAAAAUAAUAAAAAUGUAAAAAAUAUAAAGAUAGACAUAUUACUAGAUAAGCAAAGAGGUACAAGACCGGAAGGGAAGUUCAAAGAAAGCUCAAUAAGUGUUUUAUCUGAUUUAUUUAAUUAUGUUAAUAAUAUAAAUAUAAGUUUAUUUCAUAAUCCUUUAUUAGGUGCUAUAUUAUAUAAUAUAUUACCUUAUAGAGCUAAUGAAGCUAUGGGUGUUAUGCAUAUGAAAGCAUAUAUUGGUGAUGAUGUUAUAAUUCUCUCAGGAGCAAAUUUAAGUGAUAGUUAUUUGCGAAAUAGGCAAGAUAGGUAUCUUAUAAUUGAAAAUAAGUUAUUAGCUGAUUCUGUUCAUAAAAUUAUUAACACUGUUCAGAAUAUGUCAUUUACUUUAAAUGUAGAUUUAACUAUGCAGUGGGAAAGUGAUUUGGUAAAUCCUUUGGUAGAAGCUCAUUUAUUUCGUGAACAGUACUACAGAAGAAUGCGAUUCAUACUUAGUGAAAUUGAAAAAGAUAUAUAUUAUUAUAAUAUGCAACAACUAACAGGAAAAUUGUAUAACAGUAAUAUAAAUGAUUGUACAAAUAACAAUUGUAAUUACAGAAAUAGCAGUGGGAGUUAUUGGGCUAAGGCAAAAAGUUUUGCAAAUCCUGUAAAAGAUACUAUAGAUUAUGCCAACAAUACGAUAGACUGUAGUAACCAAAGGAGUAUUUUAAAUCAUUUUAAUAAUAAGGAAAAAAAAGGGAAAAUAAAAAGUGGAAAAAUUAAUAGCCUGUUCAGGAAAUUAAUUAAAGGGUCAUUACGUAAUAAUGUAAAAAAAAAUGACUGUGAAAAAGCGAAAGAUAUAUCAACCUUUUUAAGGGAUAAGGAUGAUUUUUUUCAUCCAUUAUUUGAAAAAGGGAAAAGUAUAUUAUCAAUUGAACUAGCUGUGCAAUGUGGCUUUUCAAUACCUCCUAUAUUUGAUGAAAGUAAUAUGCUGGAAAAUUUAUUAAAAAAUAUAAAAAAACAUAAUCAAGGAUUGGUUAUCUCAUCUGGAUAUUUAAAUUUUCCAAAAAUUUUUUUAAAAUUAUUGAGAAAUAUAUAUGAUAAUUUAAUUUCAAAAAAAGGGAAAAUACAUUUUAUUACAUCUGCACCGUGUGCUAAUAGUUUCUUUAAAUCUAAAGGGAUAUCUUAUUAUGUACCACUUGCUUAUAGUAUUAUUGCUCAUACAUGUAUUGAAUUUAUUACGAAAAACAUUGUAAAUGUUUUUAAAAAUGUAAAUAAUGAAAAUAAUUAUUUAGAAAAAAAAUUAUACUCAUCCACAAAUAUUUAUUUAGAAUAUAAUAAACCGUCAUGGACAUAUCAUACUAAAGGAAUGUGGUUAAUUAAUUAUGCUCAUAAUCAGGAAAAUAAUACAAAUUAUGAAUAUUCAGAAAAUUGGAAUUUUUCAAAAAUUAUGACCAACUGCUCAAACAAUUUGGAAAAUUGCAUGAACAAGUCAGAACAUUUUCAAAAUGAAGAAAAUUUGUUUGCACAUAUUUUAGAAAAAGAAGAAUUGGAUAAUGCCUAUACUACCAGCGAUUGUAUAGGUCAAACUUCUUCCCAUUUACCAUGGGGAACAGUAAUAGGAAGCUCUAACUACGGAUAUAGAGCAACAUACAGAGAUUUAGAAAUGAGUUUUAUAAUAAAAACAAAUGAUGAUAAUUUAAAAUAUCAAUUUCAGAAGGAAUUAAAUAUUAUAUAUGAGUUUUCCAAAUUUGUGCAUAUGCACGAACUGAAGUUAAGGUACCCUAGGUGGCUCAGGUAUCUGGUCAACUACGUUUUAAAGUGGCUUUUAUGA